AUGGUACAGCGAUUUUCUCAAUUUAAGCAACUUCUGGCCCCGAACCUUCGUCAAACCAUAUACCUUCCAAAUGGAGCUGAAAGCGAAAUCAGAACGGAAAUCGAACAUUGUUACUAUCACGGCACAGUAAAGGACUAUCCGGGUGCAUCAGCAGCUUUCCACACCUGUAACGGCGUCUCCGGGGUCAUCCAUAUUGGAAACGAAACCUUCGUGAUUCACCCUUUUUACGGCGGAGAUCUAUCGAAGCACCCUCAUGUGAUCUUUGAGGCGCGCACCAAGAUGAAUCGAGGCUGCGGGAAUAAGCUGGAGUACAGACAAAAGGCACAUCGAUCUAAGAACUUCGCGUAUGUGGAGGCGCCCCUUAUGGACGACCACAGUUCUAUGCACUCGGACCUCCUCUCUUGGCAGGAGUGGUACGAAGCGGGGCGCCGCUUACGCGAAAAACGGGACGUUCGAGAGACAACCAAGUAUAUCGAGACAGCACUUGUCAUUGACAAAUACAUGUUCGACAAAAGGAAUGGCAGUACGCGCGCCGAAGUCGUCCACGAUGCUAUUCAAGUGGCGAAUAUCGCGGAUCUGUAUUUUCGUACGCUCAACACGAGAGUGUCAGUUGUCUACAUCGAGUCAUGGCAGAGUGCGGAUCAAGCAGACCUGGACCGGAAGUACGACAUCACACGCGCCAUACAGAAGUUCAGUGAUUAUACCGCAAGAAAACUCUACAAAAUUGAGAAGGACACCACUCAACUACUAUCUGGGCAGAUGUUUCCUGGGGGAGAAUCUGGAAUAUCAGUCCCGGAUACGAUGUGCACCCCGAAGUCAGUCGGGAUCUCGGUGGACUACAACACAUAUGAACCACACAUUCUGGCGGCCACCAUGGCUCAUAUGAUCGGACACAACAUUGGAAUGGGUCACGACGACGGCCGUGAACAAUGCUUUUGUCGUGAUUGGCACGGCUGCAUCAUGUCACAGUCAAUAGUGGGUCUAGAGAACGUUCAGCCGUACAAGUUCUCAGACUGUUCCAAAAACGACUACAUCAACGAACUUAGAGUAGGACAGGGGCUGUGCUUACUUAACAAACCGAACGAGUUGGUGGUGCAUCGUCAAUGUGGCAAUGGGCGACUGGAUGAAGGUGAAGAGUGCGACUGUGGAACCAUCGCUGACUGCCAGAACAUGAACCCGUGCUGUGAUCCGUUCACGUGUCGCCUUACGAAGGAGGCUCAGUGCGCGGCUGGCGAGUGCUGCGAACGGUGCCAGUUAAAACCACGAGGUGUCGUCUGCCGAGACUCAACAAACGAAUGCGAUCUAGAGGAGACCUGCACUGGCUUGUCCGGCGCCUGCCCCCCAGACUCGUACAAGAAAAACGGCGAAGCAUGCGAAGCGGGGAAAGGUUACUGCUUUGCCGGACAGUGCCCGACCCUCUCUCUACAAUGUGAAAAGAUAUGGGGACCAGGAACCAUUGGGGCAGACAAGGAGUGCUUCGAGCAGUUUAAUUCUAAGGGCGCUGUCACAGGACACUGCGGAAAGGACAAUAAUGGGAAUUACAUUAAGUGUGAUAUGGAAAACGUCCGUUGCGGAUCCCUACAAUGCCAGCUGGGGAAUAGAUAUCCGAUUGUUCCCGGAAUGGACGAGUAUUACACGAGAACUGUUAUCACCAUCAAGGGAAACGAGUAUGACUGCAAGGCAACCACGGGUCUUCCGGAACACGACGAAGUCGGUCCGUUGGGGCUGGUGCGAGAUGGUACGCCAUGCGGAGACAACCUCAUCUGCGUCAACCAGACUUGCACCUCUAUCUUCCCCUUUAUCGACCACACCAAAUGCCCCACGGAUCACAACAACCACGAAUGUUCUGGAAGAGGGCUAUGCUCCAACCUGAACAAGUGCGUCUGCAAUCGUGGCUGGACGGGACCAGACUGCUCGCAGCCGGACGCUCUACCGCCUCUGCCGACUCAGUACGUUCCGGAAAACUCAACUAAAGCAGCCUACAACAUGACGAAGAAGGAAACGCCGUAUGGUGAACACGGCAGUAAUAAGAUGAGCACGAUGAUGAUGGUGGUAUUGUUACUCGCUGUCGUGCUCUCCGUGUUCGUGGGUUUCGCCUGGAUGGCGUACUGCUUCAGGUAA